GUGUGGGGGUCGGGGUGUGGGGGCUGUGAUCAUGGCGGGGUGUUGCAUGUCCGAAGAAAACAAGGAAGCUCAGCGGAUAAACGCCGAGAUCGAGAGGCAGCUCCGCAGGGACAAGAGGGACGCUCGGCGGGAGCUGAAGCUGUUGCUGUUGGGUACUGGUGAAAGUGGCAAGAGCACAUUCAUAAAGCAGAUGAGAAUCAUCCAUGGGGAUGGGUACUCGGAUGAAGAUAGAAAAUGUUUCACGAAGCUCGUCUAUCAGAACAUAUUUACUGCAAUGCAGGCAAUGAUCAAAGCCAUGGACACACUCCGAAUACAAUACAAGAAUGGGCAAAAUGUGGAAAACGGUCAUAUGGUCCGAGAAGUGGAAGUGGACAAAGUGUGCUUGUUCGCUACAAAAUAUGUGGAAGCAGUAAAACAAUUAUGGAAUGACCCUGGGAUCCAGGAGUGCUACGACAGGCGAAGAGAAUACCAGCUGUCUGAUUCCGCCAAAUACUACCUUAGUGACUUAGAACGCAUUAGUUUACCAACGUAUAUACCAACCCAACAAGAUGUACUGCGGGUCAGAGUUCCAACAACUGGAAUCAUCGAAUAUCCUUUCGAUUUGGAGAACAUAGUCUUCAGAAUGGUAGAUGUUGGAGGUCAAAGGUCUGAAAGAAGAAAGUGGAUUCACUGUUUCGAAAAUGUCACCUCAAUUAUUUUCUUAGUUGCACUAAGUGAAUAUGACCAGGUCUUGGCUGAAUCUGAUAAUGAGAAUCGAAUGGAGGAGAGCAAAGCACUAUUUAAGACGAUCAUUACCUAUCCCUGGUUUCACAGCUCAUCAGUAAUCUUGUUCUUAAAUAAGAAGGAUCUCUUGGAAGAGAAGAUCAUGUAUUCGCAUCUAGUCGACUAUUUCCCAGAAUAUGAGGGGCCUAAACAAGAUGCGAAAGCUGCACGGGAUUUCAUCUUGAAGACGUACCAAGAUCAGAAUCCAGAUAAAGAAAAAGUCAUUUACUCUCACUUCACUUGUGCCACUGAUACAGAAAACAUACGGUUUGUCUUUGCUGCUGUCAAGGAUACUAUCCUACAGUUAAACCUGAAAGAAUUUAACCUGGUAUAAAGAACACAGCAACAAACUCUUUUGCCAAGUUAUAUAUAUUUUAAAAAGAGCUAUCCAAUCCAUUUUACCUGCCCAAAAUCUAAAUUUUGUGCUUUUGUAACAUACAUUUUGAAAUUUACACUGAAAUUAUCACUUCUGCAGAGGACUCUGAGAAGAGAUAGUGACUCACUUCUGCAUUGAAAAAUUAAUUCACGUAAUUAGAUUUAUUACAUUUGCAAAGAAAGAAACCUGCCCAUGUUUCUGAAGUUCAAUAGGGAUGCUUUAGGUUUCUUAGCAAUGUUAGAAGAAAAUAAGCAGUGAUUAUUAGAGUCAUGUUGAAAGAUGCCUGAAUGUGGCUUUGUAAAGGUUGUCUCAGUAGUCCAUUGUUUUAGUUAUUGCAAAAGGAAAAUACACCAAGAACUCCAGGUUUACAAAUCACACAAUAUCAAAAUCCUAUCCUGGCUUUCCUGGAGUCCAGAGGUUUACUAAAUGCAACUGAUUAACUAAAAUAAAAAGGUACACUUUUUAUGGUUCCCAUCACAAUUACUGACUAUUACUUUACUAUCUGGUAUUUGUAUUUAAUAGGAACUUAUUUAAAGAACUCUCUGAACACAACUGGUGUACAAAACAAAUGCUAGUAUUUGCAUUUUUCAAGAGUUUUUAAUUCAAAUCGAUAAAUACUUACCAUCAGAGGAUACUCUUUUUAUAAUUGCUAGCACUAAGAAUGCUAAAUAAUUAAAAAUUCCGGAUGCCAUUAAUGAAGGCAGCGUACAGUUAAUAUUUUGAGGAUUGGGGGAUGGAUAUUGCUAAAUGCAAUAAUUUAGACAAAAAUAUGGAAGCGUCUUUUAUUCUUAACAAAUGGUUAAAAGGGUUCUUGCUGGAAUAGUCUAAAAUGUUUCAACCCUUUAAAACACAUUUUUUCUCUUUCAUAUUAUUAAUCACAAAUGUACCAAAUUAUCUUGCAGAAGUUUUCAAAUGUUUUUCCUCUUUUUAGACUGUCACUAUUCCUUCGCAUACCAAAGAAUUAUAAUAGAUCAGGUAGAAUGUGAGGAAUUGUUUUAUUCUGCCACAGAAAUAUAGAAAUUGCACGUGGUUCCAUUCUGUUAAAAUGCCUGCAAACCACUGUAAAUAUUGCUCCCACAUAUUUUAUAUGUAUAUAUAUAUUGCAGCAUUGUUUUUCUGCUUUAAUAUUCAUCCUUCUUGACCAAAUGCAAUAUUGUUAUUUUCGAAUAAGGAACUGUCAUUGCAGCCAAUAAAAUAUUUAGAUGUACAGGCAUUUCCUCUUAUAGGACAAACAGGUAAAAAUCAUACUUUUGAAAAGCUAAAUGUGAUGAUUUAUAAUGCACAGACCUCUUGUCACUAACCCCAUGUUGAAACUGUGGGUUUUAUAUUUUUUCACUGCUGUAAUGCAUAGCUAAGGUUAGAUAUUUGAUGUUUUCUGAAACAAAACUGUUCUAUAACUUUUUUAAGUUGUAUGCAACACGCCAAAGAAAAUCUUUUAUUUAGGUGGUUUUAAAAUGUUACAAUGCAAUGUAUGUGAUUUUGCGCAUCAUUGUUCAGUGAGGUUUCUUUGCUUAAUUUUAUCCAAGUCAUGAACGUGGCUGGUGAGAUAUUAGUAGAGCAGAUCUGCAGUACCAGUUUCUCCUAUCACUGAUAUUUUUUGAUUGUUGUUUGACUGCAUAGAUUAAUGCUAAAUUACACUAAAGUUGCAGAAUCCCUUCCGAGGUCAGCAUUUUGAAAGUCCUGCUUACAGCUCAAAAGCAAGUAUAUGAUCGUUCUUUUUGCUUGAUUUUUCUUUUUACAAGAUCUCCAAGAAAAAUAAAAAAUGUAAAAAAAUUGUCAUAGGCCCUCUUAUAAAGAAAAGGCACGAGAGGAUGGGGAGUGGAGAGCAUGCAUUUUAUUUACUUUUUCCAAGUUGGCUUCUGGAUCAGUAAACUAAUAAAUUCAAACCAGUUAACGAGAAAUAAUACAAAUGAAAACAUCUGCUUCAAGUUCAUGUUUGUUUGGGUGAAGUUGAGGUGAAUCAAGACCAGUUGGAAAAUCCUUAAUGUCAUUAAACUGUGAAAUAUGGUCAAAUAUUAAUUUAUCACAAGUUCUAUUUUUCUUGCAACAAAUGUUUAUUGGGGGUGUUCUAGCAGAUAGGAGCCAAUCCCACUUUUACAGGGAAGCAGACAAUAGUUAGAACAUAAAUUCUUGAUCAGUAAAAAGCUGAAUAAUUGUAGAAAUUCAUGUUUGUUAAAACAUUGCUUUUUGAUAUAUGUAAUCAUUUUAGUUUUGUAACCAGCUUCAGUUAGUGGGUAGUGGAAUUUGCAAUCAACCCCUCAAAAAUCUAUUCACAAUAUAUGUAAAGACCACAAUGGUUAUUUACACAUGUACUUAAGGUUCUACUUGCAGAUGUACUCAAAAUACAUACUUUUACUGGCAAGAGCCCACAACAUACUCAAUUCUGUAAAAACCUGUGUGAAAGAUGGUCUUUACUGUAUAAUUCAGAUAUGGCCCAUUAUUAGAAACUGUUGUGUACAUACUGUGAGAAACUGCUUUCAACCCUGUGAGAAAUUUACUUUCUAUAGAUUGAUGUUAAGUUUCAUGGAACAUAGCAUAAGCACAGAAAUGGAACAUUUGUCCCAACAAUUCUGUGCUUUCUGCAUAAGCCAAUCUAAUUUGAGCAUAAUAGUUAACCCUCCUUUUCAAGUAUCUAUCACAUUCCUUUUAAAAAUAAUUAAUGGAUUAUGCAACAAAUAACAUUUCUUGCAGGAAUAUCCAGUCCAACUAUCCUCUGUGUAAAGGCAUUUUUCAAUCUUUUAAUUUUUUUGUGUUUAUCGUAAAUUUCUCAUUGGAUUACAUUUGGAUACCUUCUGAAUUUUUUUGGAAUGCAUAUGACUAUUGCAGGGGAUACUACAACUUUAUAAGUUGAGCAAUAGCUGUAAUUGAAGAAAACCAAGUUAAUGUUGCCAUAAACACCAGCUUGCCAAUGUUCAUAAAAGGUGCUAAAUGCUAGAAAGAUGAAACCUGAAAUAAGUGCACUUUUAGGAUCACAAUUGUAGUUCUAUAACACUCAAUACUUUUUAAGUUCAUAUUUUUAUGCCAGAAUGUGUAUUUCACUUUUAAUUAAGAUUACAAUUUUUUGUCAUCUGACAGGCCAAAGCAUUUUGCUAAUAGCCUAAUUUACGCUUAUGUAUGCUUGUAUUAUAAAGUGUUUUAUUGGUCAAUAAAUUGCUCUUUUCUGAUCUGUACUUUGACACUCUAAAGGAGUUUUGUAUUUGGUAAUGCUGCUGUUUCAAUCAAAUUAAACAUGAACAUGGUUCUUA